UUUACCUUUGUGACACGGAUUUACAGUCACGGAACUCGGAACUGGCGAAAACCCAUCCUCCAAACUAAUUUUCUCUCUCGAAUUGCGUUUAAUAUAUAUAUGUUCAUAGUUAAAAAAGAGAGACAGACAGAAUGGCGCUACAGAGUGAAAAGUUAAAGGGGAAACUUGCUAUGGUCACCGCGGGAAAAGUCCAAUACGACGUGAUGAUAAGCUACGACGCGGAAGAUGCAGCUGUCGCCAUCAAAUUGAAAGAUAUGAUUGGUAAAAAGGGAAUCCAUGCAUGGACAGCAGACAGUGAGGCCACAGCGGGAACUGACAUCUUCAAUGCCAUUGGAAGAAUUAUUGUAGAUUGUAAGAUAUUUGUCUUCAUCAUGAGUGAUUCUUCCGUGGCAUCCAAACUCUGCCAAGAUCAGUUGGCUUUGGCUUACGUAUCUAAAAAGAACAUUUUCCCAGUUCAACUCAAUGAAAGAGAGGAUCUACUGGCCCACAUGGACAAUGGAAUGAAACUGCAGUUAGCUGGAUUUGAGUGGUUUUCUCUAAACAAUGAUUUGGAAAGUGAGAGUAAAGAAUUUGUGGACAGGGUGUGGGAAGAAGUCCAAAGUGAGAUUGAACAGGAAAAAGCAGACGGAAGUAAAAAAGAAACAAAGAACCCUGGAGAAAACAAGGCAACAGCUGUAAGAAAAGCAUUUAAGAGACAAAAGACCUUAACAAACUUGAACAAAAGCUUGUCCAAAACAAAGAUGUCUAGACUGCACCUAGAGGAUGCUAGUACUUAUUGGAGUCAGUCCUUUGGGAAAGAAACCACCAUUACCUGGGACAGGUUUAGGAAUAAGAUCCUUGGCGACUUUAAAGCUGACUUUGAAGAGACAUUUGGUGAAAAGGACACAGAGUGGCUGCUGUCAAUUCUUCAUCGGGAGAUGAUGGUAGACAGCAGUGACAACAUGUUGCAGAAAGAGAAAUAUCUCGAAUUCUGUAGCGUGGAUGACGUCAUACACCCGCUGUGGCUGAGGGUCCAGGAACAGGCACGUGAGAGUUACGCAAUGAGAGAGGUGUUUAGCAUGGACUCCUCUGUCAGAGUCCAGGCCAUCGAAAACCUGGGCAAGUACAAAAGCGCCACCGUUAUCCAGGCACUGAUUGACCUUUUGACCGACAGUGACGUCAACAUACAGGCUGUGGCCAUCAUAUCUCUGGCCAGAACGGGUUCCAAUGACAUCACGACCAUCGUCAACCUGAGGAAGAGUCUGAAGUCCAAGGACAGAGUGGUCCGUGAGGCGGCCUGCCUGGCGCUGGGUCAUGUCAAGGCCACGCAGGCGGUGGAGGCUCUGGUAAAUCUGUGGAGAAAUGAUAUUAUUUCCAACGUCAGGGAGGCUGCUCUUGUUGCACUGAAAAACAUCGGCGGGCAAAAAGCCAGCGAGGCCAUUCGAGUGACGACGGUGUUAGAAAAAGAGAUAAGAGCACUGAAGACCUAGAAGGAUCUCAUCCUCAUUUUGAGGCUUGCAAAACAGGAUUCUCUGGCUACUUAUUGUAUGUGUAGGUCUUUCAUAAACAAUCUGAGAUUAAAAAGUGUUUGAAAUGAUGGAGAGAAAAAUACCAGAAGUUCCAGUCUGAUUAAAGAGGGGGUUUCCCCCCACCGAUGUUUUGAGAAUCUUUAAAAAGAGCUGGAUGUUUUAAAAUUUACAACAUUUUAUAAGAUUUUCUACUUUAAUCUUGAAUUUAUUUUUUUUCCUAGAUGUUUAGAAUUUUGAAGUGCAUUUCCUUAAUUUUGGAUAUCUCCAUGUUUCUUUUCGUGAUAAUGUUUUUAAUAGUCAUUUUCACAGGGGUUUAGUUGACCAUUAAUUUUGGAAAACAAUGUUUCAAAUUUUAUGUUUUCUUUUCAUUUACAAAAUUAUCAAAUACAUGUUACACAAAAUGGUAUAUUUUUAACUUAAUAUCAAAUAUGAUUUUAUUUCAUAAAACACGCACUACUUUAGAGAAUGUAGUGUUCAAAUAAUUGUUUCCAUGUAUUUGAUGGAAGAUGUAAAAGUCACUAAACGUUUUUUGAAGUGAAUUUCACGAAACCACAAAGCAUUCUUGAUAGAUAAAGUUAGCUUUUGUAUAUUUUUAUUUCUUCUUUUACAUAUCAGAUUAGUAAAAGACGUGAUCACAAGUUGGUAUCCGACCAUGUUUUUGAAUAUGAGAACUUUGAACUCGUGCACUCAAUGCUAUGUUUAUUGUCUGGACACUUUAUAGAGCAAUAUUUUACAAAUGCUCAUGUUAUACCGUUACAUUAUAUUUAUGAUGCAAAGUUGAAGAAUGAACUUGUUCUUGCAAUAAAUAAUCAAAAAUCUUA